AUGUUGUCUCUAGCCACUGCCCUAUUCGCGACAGCGGCUACGGCCCGGGUAAUGGACAGUCUGCCCUCCAUUCCCCAAGGGUGGACGCAGCUCCGCGAAGCUGCGUUGGACGAGCCGAUUACGCUCCGAGUUGCCCUCCCACAGCAGCAUGCCGCCGCUUUGGAACAGGCGGUAAUUGAGAUGUCAACGCCAGAGCAUCCCAACUAUGGAAAGCACUUGAGCCGCCUCGAGCUGCGAUCAUACACCGCACCAACCGAAGAAGCUGUCACCUCUGUUGUGAGCUGGCUUAGCGGAAGCAACAUCAAGUCUCUCGUCAACAACGACUGGAUCACCUUCUCCACCACCGUGGAGCAGGCCAAUGAGUUGCUCAACACGACCUUUGCUUGGUAUCAAUAUGAGAAAGGCGGCAGCCCGAAGCUUCGAACGCUAGACUACAGUGUGCCCGAUGAGCUUUCAAAAUAUGUGGACUUGAUCCAGCCGACCACCCGAUUCGGACAGCUUGGCGCGAGGAAAUCUACCAUAUUUGAUAUGCACAUUCUCGAUUCUGCCGAUGAACAGGCCAAGGUUGCGAACGUCGAAGCGACAGGCAACGUUGCCGCCGACUGCAAUGUCAGCCAGAUUACCCCGGCUUGCCUCAAGUCAUUGUACAACAUCCACUACACACCUUCUGCCAGCGGCAAUCUGGUUUCUUUCGCCUCCUACCUCGAGGAAUAUGCCAGAUAUAACGAUUUGACUUCCUUCGAGUCGAGAUGGCUGCCAAGCGCCGCGGGACAGAACUUCAGCGUUCAGCUCGUGAAUGGGGGGCUGAACAAUCAGAACAGCAAUAGUGAUAGCGGCGAAGCGAACUUGGAUAUUCAGUACAUCUUAGCCGUCAGUGCCCCGAUCCCUAUUUUGGAAUAUAGCACGGGUGGCCGUGGCCCUCUAGUCCCUACGGAUGAUGAACCUGGCCCGUCGUCAAACGAGCCGUAUCUUGAGUUCUUGACCUAUCUCUUGGAUCAGCCAGAUUCAGCCUUACCACAAACCCUCUCAACUUCAUACGGCGAAGAGGAGCAGAGUGUGCCAGCCGAAUAUGCUCUUAAGGUGUGCAAUAUGUUCAUGCAACUCGGAGCCCGUGGCGUGAGCGUUUUGUUCUCCUCUGGUGACUCGGGCCCAGGUGAUUCGUGUGUAAGGGUGACCGAUAGGGCCCCGUACUUUCAGCCAACUUUCCCUGGUGCUUGUCCUUAUAUAACGUCCGUAGGCGCAACGCGGGGUGUCAGCCCAGAGGCCGCCGUCAGUUUCUCCAGCGGUGGCUUCAGCACCCUUCACGCCCGGCCAUCGUGGCAGAGCAGCGCCGUGAGCUCAUAUCUCUCAUCGAUUGGCAAGACCUACUCGAGCUACUUCAACUCUUCCAACAGAGGCUUCCCAGAUGUUGCCACCCAAGGCGCAUCCUUUGCAGUUGUUGAUAAGGGUAGGAAUGCCCUGUUGUCCGGCACCAGUGCCUCUUCGCCAGUCUUCGCGGGCGUGGUAGCUUUGCUGAACGCAGCUCGAAAGAGCCAGGGUCUCGCACCAUUGGGAUUCCUGAACCCUUUCCUUUACUCCAAUGCCAACGCCUUCACGGAUAUCACCACCGGAGCUGGUACUGGCUGCUUUAGCAACUCGGCUUUUGGUCGUAACGGUGCUCGCUGGAAUGCCACUGCGGGAUGGGAUCCUCUCUUGGCCGCUGCCGCUCCAGGCGUCAAGAAUGCGUAG